AUGUCGAAUCCAAGUGGACCAUCUCAUCGAAGCGUCGCGAAUAUCCGGUCACCGACGUCCACUCAGCCAGGCGCACCAGCGAGCCCCCAUACCCCUCUGCGAACGAUACCAUCUACCUUCGGAUCCCCAUCCACUCUACGUGCCGAAGAAGAUUGUGUAAUACUCGAGCUUGGGAGCCGAUAUCUGCGAGCUGGAUUUGCAGGAGAUGCGCUGCCAAAGGCAGUGGUAGAUUUUGGGCCAGAGGAACAACGAAGACCAGGGGAUCUAAGGAGGUGGAGAACAGACUAUGAGCCAUCGGAGGACAGCCAUGUACAAACGAAGGGCUGGGGAGAAGGCUAUGAGCUUUGGAAACCUGAUCUAAGAAGUCUUGACAUGGGCCUAGUUGGGGACAAACUUGAUAGGGCAGUAAGGGAGGCAUUCACAAAAUUCCUCUUAAUAGACUCCCGUCCGAGACGUAUGCUCUUGGCUAUUCCUUCUACUCUGCCGCUUCCUCUACUAUCUACGAUACUUGACACCCUUUUUGCGAAUUUCCAACCACCGACUAUAUCUUUGAUGUCAGCACCAGUCCUCACAACAGUCGCAGCUGGCCUACGGUCUGCAUUGGUUGUAGAUGUCGGAUGGGCUGAGACGGUAAUUACUGCAGUGUAUGAAUACAGAGAAGUCCAGUGCACGAGAUCUGUCAGAGGGAUGAAGAUGUUGGGAGAAGCAACAUUCAAAAUGCUCUCAGAAGCUAUCGACCUCAUAGGGACUGCAGAUAAACCACAAGAUGAGGAAUUGCCAAGCUUUGACGAGUGCGAGGAGGUUCUCAAACGGAUGGGCUGGUGUAAGCCAGUAAAGAAGCUGAAACAGAGGUCGUUUGACAGGGGGCUUACUCCUGUUGUUGAAGAGGAUGAAUUGAGAUCAAGCACUAGAGAUCUACAGAUCAAUGAGAAGGUUGAUGAAGAUGCUACUGUCUCGGUACCUCUUAGGUCGACUAAGCCGCGAAGGACUUUGGAGCUCUCAACUUCGGACCUAGCAGAGCCUUGCGAAAAUGCUCUUUUUGCACUUGGGACACCCGAGAAGGAAUUAGACGAUGAAGAAUUGCCUCUUCACUUAUUGAUUUACAGGAGUCUUCUUCAAUUACCGGUUGAUUUGCGAGCGGUCUGCAUGUCCAGGGUCGUUUUUGUUGGAGGAGGUUCACGCAUUCUCGGACUGAAAAAUAGAGUUCUGUAUGAGGUAGCUACUCUCAUCGAACAACGAGGUUGGGAUCCAGUUACAGGCAAAGCCGUGGAGCAGCUACGCUCAAAUACGAAGUUGCAACGAACCCGGCCGCGGCAAGAUGGCCCUACUGAGGUCUUACAACUGGACGAGAAAUCAGGACCUGCAACAAAUCCUGCAGCUCAUCAGGGGCAAGAAUCAGAUCCAAUCGAGGAUGUGCUGAAACGAGAAGCCAGCAAAGGCAUUCCACCUACUGAAUCUGGCUAUUUGAGAGCCGUGGAAUCCCUCGGAGCAUGGUCUGGAGGAAGUCUACUCUCACAGUUGAAGAUUCCUGCUAUAUCGAUUGUUGAGCGAGAGCAGUGGCUGCAACAAGGUAUCUCAGGGGCGUCAAAGUCUGGUGAAAUCAGCAGCUCUUCCCAAAGACAGAGUAUGGGCGCAGGGGCAUUCAACAAAACUGGUGGUGGUGAAAGAUCAAGUUGGACCUUAGGUUUGUGGGGAUGA